AUGGUCAAAGGCAGAAAGCCGAUGAAGAAAAAACCUUCUGAGUUUGAAUUGACUGAAGAGAACGGAAAGAAAGAACUGAACGGAUCAGAAGAGGAAGUCCAACCGAGGGAAACUCCAAACACAGCAAAAGCAGUGAAGAAGAGGACCAGUCCCGAGUUUGACCCGCAAGAGGCCAUGGGGAGCGAGGUUCACUCCAUGCUGGAGAGGUUUGGAGCCGACAUCAGCAAGGCCAUGCAGGCCAAGAAGAAGCGCCUGGAGCUCCUGACCAAAACCUCCAUGAAGGAGAGCCAGCUGAAGGUGGAGCAGCUGUGGAACAACGCGCACACACACAGGAAGAAGAUGACCCAGCAGUAUUCCCAGAAGGUGACGUCGGCUCUGCAGGAGUGGGAGACCGAAGCCCAGCGCGCCGCCGAGCAGGAGGAGACCCUCAACAAUCUGUUCAGGCAGCAUCAGAAAGUCCUGCAGCAGCUGCGAGCCGCCCGGGACCAGAAGCUGAAGAGUGUGCAGGAGCUGUACGAGCUCUUCGUCAAGGACAUCGAGGACCUGGAAAAGAGUCAGGAGGCCUUCCUGCAGGGGGCGCAGCAGGAGCUGAAGAAAGAGAUGACCCUGCUGCAGAAGAAGAUCCUCAUGGACAUGCAGCAGCAACAGAUGGCCGACGUCCGCAAGUCCAUCCACUCCAUGUUGUUCUAG